GCCAUCCUACAAGCCAUGGAGAAUGAGCUGCCAGUCCCCCAUACAUCUAGCAGUGCCAGCGUCACCAGCAGCACCAGCGGGGUCAGUAGCAGCAGUGGUGGAAGCAGCCGCCCCACCGGACCCCAGAUUUCUGUGUACAGUGGCAUUCCUGAUCGGCAGACCGUGCAGGUGAUCCAGCAGGCCCUGCACAGGCAGCCCAACACAGCGGCCCAGUACCUGCAGCAGAUGUACGCCGCGCAGCAGCAGCACCUCAUGCUGCAGACCGCAGCGCUUCAGCAGCAGCACCUCAACAGCGCCCAGCUCCAGAGCCUGGCGGCCGUGCAGCAGGCGAGCCUGGUGGCCAACAGACAAGGGGGCACUGCGGGCAGCAGUGUGUCCUCGCAGGCCCCAGCCCAGUCGUCCUCGAUCAACCUGGCGGCCUCCCCGGCAGCAGCCCAACUCCUCAACCGGGCUCAGAACGUUAACUCGGCAGCAGCCUCGGGCAUUGCCCAGCAGGCUGUGCUCUUGGGCAACACGUCUUCUCCGGCCCUGACCGCAAGCCAAGCACAGAUGUAUCUAAGGGCCCAGAUGGCCCAGCCAGGUAACCUGGUGCAGGUAGCUAGGAGCCUAGGCGGCACUGUUCCUUUGUCCCCUCAGCUCAUCUUCACACCCACGGCCACCGUCGCUACUGUGCAGCCUGAGCUCGGCACUGGCUCCCCCGCCCGGCCCUCCACCCCCGCCCAGGUACAGAACUUGACCCUCCGAACACAGCAGACACCAGCUGCAGCAGCCUCGGGCCCUACCCCCACUCAGCCUGUCCUGCCCAGCUUGGCCCUGAAACCCACGCCAAGUGGUAGCCAGCCUCUGCCUGCCCCAUCACAGGGCAGAAACACUGCUCAGGGUUCCCCCGCAGGUGCCAAGCCCAGCAUAACUGACAGUGUGAUGGAGCCGCUCAAGAAAGGAGAUGGCAACAGCAGUGUGCCAGGGAGCAUGGAGGGCCGAGCUGGGCUCAGCCGGAUGGUACCCACUGUGGCUCCCCACCCCCUCAUUGCACCAGCCUAUGCUCAGCUCCAGCCGCACCAGCUCCUCCCACAGCCAUCCUCAAAGCACCUGCAGCCCCAGUUUGUGAUCCAACAGCAGCAACAGCAGCCACCGCAGCAGCAGCAGCAGCCCCAGCAGUCACGGCCUGCACUCCAAACCCAGUCCCACCCCCAGCUGGCCUCCAUCCCUCCCAGCUUGGCCCUGCAGCCCAGCCCGGAAGCUCAUGCCAUGCCACUAGGCCCAGUUACGUCCACUCUGCCUCUCCAGUGCCCCACUGCCAAUCUGCACAAGCCUGGCAGCACUCAGCAGUGUCACCUGCCCACACCAGAUAUUGGACCUCACAAUGGAUAUCCCGAGGGCCUGUCCCACACCCCUCAACGCAGGUUCCAGCACGCCUCCGCUGUCAUCUUGCAACUGCAGCCUGCUUCACCGGCGCCCCAGCAGUGCGCCCCAGAUGACUGGAAGGAAGUGGUGCCCGGGGAGAAGAGUGUGCCUGAGACUCGGUCUGGCCCAUCACCGCAUCAGCAAGCCAUCGUCACUGCCAUGCCUGGUGGCCUUCCUGUACCCAAGAGCCCUAACAUCCAGCAGUCCCCAGCUCACGAGACAGGGCAGGGCAUUGUUCAUGCACUGACCGACCUCAGCAGCCCCGGCAUGACCUCAGGGAACGGAAACUCUGCCUCCAGCAUCGCCGGCACUGCCCCCCAGAAUGGUGAGAAUAAACCACCACAGGCCAUUGUGAAACCCCAAAUCCUGACGCAUGUUAUCGAAGGGUUUGUGAUCCAGGAGGGGGCGGAGCCUUUCCCGGUGGGACGCUCGUCCCUGCUGGUGGGGAAUCUCAAGAAGAAGUAUGCACAGGGGUUCUUGCCUGAGAAACUUCCACAGCAGGAUCAUACCACCACCACUGACUCCGAGAUGGAGGAGCCCUAUCUGCAAGAAUCCAAAGAGGAGGGUACUCCCCUCAAACUCAAGUGUGAGCUCUGUGGCCGGGUGGACUUUGCCUACAAGUUCAAGCGCUCCAAGCGCUUCUGCUCCAUGGCUUGUGCAAAGAGGUACAAUGUGGGAUGCACCAAACGAGUGGGGCUUUUCCACUCAGACCGGAGCAAGCUGCAGAAGGCGGGAGCCACGACCCACAACCGCCGUCGGGCCAGCAAAGCCAGUCUGCCCCCACUUACCAAGGACACCAAGAAGCAGCCAACAGGCACUGUACCCCUUUCAGUUACUGCUGCAUUGCAGCUAACACACAGCCAGGAAGACUCCAGCCGUUGCUCCGAUAACUCAAGCUAUGAGGAACCCUUGUCACCCAUCUCAGCCAGCUCAUCCACCUCCCGCCGGCGACAAGGCCAGCGAGACCUAGAGCUCCCUGACAUGCACAUGCGGGACCUGGUGGGCAUGGGGCACCACUUCCUGCCAAGUGAGCCCACCAAAUGGAACGUGGAAGAUGUCUACGAGUUCAUCCGCUCCCUGCCAGGCUGCCAGGAGAUAGCAGAGGAAUUCCGUGCCCAGGAGAUCGACGGGCAAGCUCUGCUGCUGCUCAAGGAGGACCACCUGAUGAGUGCUAUGAACAUCAAGCUGGGGCCCGCCCUGAAGAUCUAUGCUCGCAUCAGCAUGCUCAAGGACUCCUAGGGCCGCCAGGCAGCCAGGAUUCUGGCCCAGGGCUCCUCCUCCCACCUGAGCAGAGCCAGACAGACAUUCCUGAGGGGGCCAGAAAUGGGGCCAGGUGGAGGGAAGGGGCUCUCCCUAUGGGGCAUGGCUGGUGAGGAGGUCUUGGCACCUCCCCAAUGGCUCUCAGGGGCCUUUCUUUCUGUGGGAGGGGCAGAGAGGUGGGUGGCGCAGAAGAUGGGGCUUUAUGCUUGUAAAUAUUGAUAGCACUGGCUUCCUCCAAAGUCCCAAUACUCUAGCCCCGCUCUCUUCCCCUCCCUCUGUCCCCCGUUUUCCAGGGGGUAUAUGGUCAGGGCUCCCCAACCUGAGUUGGGUUACUUCCAAGGGCAGCCGUCAGGCCUGGAGAGAGGCCUGGAGAGAGGCCUUGAAAGCCCUUGCCUGCCUUCCUCCCACUUCUUUCUCCGGGCCUGGCUCACUCUUCCGUGGCCAGCUUCUCCCCCUUCAGCCUGUUUCUGAAGCAGCCAGGGGUUCGCCCCCUUCACCCUGUGCAGGUGGAGAGAGAGAAGCUGGGCCCAGUUUGGCCAUGCCUGCUGGCACAGACGCCUUAACGCUGUGUGUGUGACUGUGUGACUGUGUGGGAGCCUGGACUGACAGAAAGGCCAAGCGCCACCCUCUGGCUUCUCCAGGUGUUUUGUAGCAAACAGCCACUUAGUGCUUUGUCCUGGACUCCACUCAGCCUCAGGAUGGGGAAUAGAAAAGGAGGACAGCCUCAGUGCAGAGGCAUGAUCAGAAAGCGAUGAAGAUAAGGAGAUUUCCUUCCCAGACUUGUCAAGAUGUCUCCGAAGCCCCUUCCCCACACUGUGAAGUCCCCCUGACUGCCCUGCUGUGUCACAAACAGCAUUAAGGAAGCUGCCGGUGGGCUGGGCCAGGCCAAGCUUCCUGGCCUGCCUGCCCGCCACCCUGGAAGCCCCAGGGGUGGGUGCCCAGAGAACGGCCAAGGGCAGAGAAGAGCUGGAGUGACCGCUGACGCGAAGAAGGCAGCCUUUGGCCUCCCGCUCCCACACUUCUUUGCCUCUCGAACUUGCUAGCAGCAAUUUGAGCUCCCUGCGGAGGAGGCAGGGCAGGAAGGGUGAGGGCCUGCCUCUGACCUGCCCUGUCCUUGCAGGCUCCCGGGGAAGAGUGGGACUCCCCCCCAGGAAGAGCGUGGGCACCUUUCUCGCUUGUUCUAUUCCCCACUCACACCCCCAGGCAGGGUUGGAAAUGAAGGACUUUUUUUAACCUUUUGUUUUUUAAAAAUAAACCUGUAAAAUCUG